AUGUCGGAGGUCUGCAUCCUCAAGGGCCCGGACGACUUUAGCCGCUGGUGGAGCUCCGGGUCCCAGGACUACCAGCUCUACCUCGGCGUCGUCCUCCUCUUCUUCUCGCUCGUCAUCGCGCUGCCCAUGGCCAAGUUCGGGCUCUUCCUCCUGCGCUACGUGACCGGCGACGUCUACCUGAAGCCGGACGAAGCGCACGAGAUGCUGCUGUGGGAGACGCACUGGCUGCUGCGCGUGGGCCUCUUUUGCUGGGCGCUCCAGGUCGUCGGGCUCACGUCGCUCCUGUGCCAAUGGCCGCUCUGGGUCUUUGGCGUGCCAUUGCUGCUAUGGGUCAACGCGGUCGGCAACGUCUACCGCCUCAUCACGGUGCGCAAGGGCUCGGCCAAGACGCUCCUCCACGAAGGCGUGACGGUGCUCAAGAUCCUCGUGCUCGUGAUCUUGUUUUACUUUAUCUACAUCCUCGUCUUUCCUGGCAUUGCCGAAAACAUCAUCCGCGCCUUCUUUACGGGCUUUUGCUCGCUCGUCGCGCUCGCCACGGUCCCCGUCGUCCGCAACGUCACGGGCUCGCAGUUCAUUUUGUUCAACCACGCGCUGCGCCAGCGCCUCCACACGUAUGUGCCGGCCGGGAAGGCGCUCACGACGCCGCUGGUGGUGUUUGCAGAAAACACGCCCGAGGCCGACGAGCCGCGCUGGCCGCUCCGGCUCCGCAUCCGACUGCCGCCGACGCUGCACGUGGCAGCGGUCCGCCGCUUCCUUCAAGACGUCGACCGUCGGCUGCGCAAAGCGGACGAGCGCGCGGCGCUGCACCCGCACCGGAACGCGAUGUUUGCAGCGACGGCCGCAGCCCCGAUGCUGCUGCGCAAGCAGCCGCCGCCCACACGGGAAGAAGACCGGCUCUGCGUGUCGAUCGAAGGCCGCUGGGUCGUCCACGUCUUUGGCGACAUUGCGGCCAAGUCGCGCGAGGUGUUUCGCGAUCGACUCUCGCAGAAGGUCCAGCUGAUGAUGAGCAUUGUCGAAUCGCAUGCGCUCACGGCCAACGUCGAGCAGGCGUGA